AUGGAGUUCACCAACACUGGCAUGAUGAAUGAAGAUGGCAUCCAUCUUGACAUGGACAGGUUAAAGAAGGGCGAGGUGAACUUGGGAACGUCGAUUAUGGCCGUAACAUUCAAGGAUGGAGUUAUCCUAGGAGCUGACUCGCGAACGACGACCGGCGCCUACAUUGCGAACCGAGUAACCGACAAGCUCACACAAGUCCACGACACCAUCUGGUGUUGCCGAUCUGGCUCCGCCGCCGAUACCCAGGCCGUCGCCGACAUCGUCCAAUACUAUCUUGGUCUCUACGCCGCUGUCAACCGCCAGCCCCCGACGACGCAGACUGCCGCUUCUCUUUUCCAGGAGAUUUGCUACUCCAACAAGGAUAACCUCUCUGCUGGACUCAUCAUUGCCGGUUGGGACGAGCGACACGGCGGCCAAGUAUAUUCCAUUCCUCUGGGAGGAUCCCUACACAAGCAGGCCUACGCUAUUGGCGGGUCCGGCUCUACGUACAUCUACGGUUACUGCGACGCGAACUGGAAGGAGGGCAUGGAAGAGAAGGAGGCCGUCGAUUUUGUCAAGGGAGCGCUUGCGGAAGCCAUCAAGUGGGAUGGAAGCUCUGGUGGCGUUAUUCGCAUGGUGGUGUUGACGGCCAAGGGUGCGGACAGGCAUCUGUACCUCCCGGAUACGGGGUACAAGGUGAGGCAGCUGUAA